GCGGAGGAGGCAGCGCAGCGCCAGUGUGCGGGACGUUCCAGCGCUGGUGAGUGCGGGCUGUGCUGUGUCUCCGGGGGAUAGUGCGUACGGUCCGUCGGCAGCGCGGUAAGGGAGUAUUCACACCUGGCGGACUUGUGGCGGUCCUUUAGGAAUACACCCCUGUGUGUGGACCUUACUGAAGUGCUCCGAGACCACCUGUAGCACCAGCGACCAUGGCUGAGGAGGGCAUCCUGCAGGAGAUCUUCACCUCCCCCCUCAAUAUCUGCCUCCUGUGCCUGUGCCUCUACCUGCUCUACAAGAUCCUGAGGGGGGACAAGCCCCCGGAGUCGGAGGAGAGCCAGGAGGAGCGCCUGCCCAAAAUGAAGAGGAGAGACUUCACAGUGGCCCAGCUGAAGGAGUACGAUGGGGCGCAGAACCCCAGGAUCCUCAUGGCCAUCAAUGGCAAGGUGUUCGAUGUCACCAGGGGCAAGAAGUUUUAUGGGCCAGAGGGACCUUACGGUGUGUUUGCUGGCCGAGACGCCUCACGAGGUCUGGCCACCUUCUGCCUGGAUAAAGAAGCCCUGACGGACACGUUCGAUGAUCUGUCAGACCUGACAGCUUCCCAGAAGGACACGCUAAGUGACUGGGAAUCGCAGUUUACCUUUAAGUACCAUCAUGUCGGGAAGCUUCUGAGAGAUGGAGAGGAGCCCACAGAAUAUACCGAUGAAGAGGACAUAAAAGAUUCUUCAGAUCAGAAGAAGAUAAACUAAAGAAGCAAGUUUUAGUAUGACCUCUACCAUUCCAGAGCGCGCAUUGUAAUUGCUUCAACCAUAGUCUACGAUAUUAUGUGCACAAGUAGAUGCCAGCAAUGGUGAUCCCGAAUGUUAUUGCAGCACCUUCUGUGCCCCACCUUUCCUAUUUCUCUCUUGCUAGGAGCCGUGUUUAAUUGCAAGGCUCUCUAUGAUGCACUUAGAGCACCCUAUAUAACACUAAAUUCCUAAUACUGUAAAAUGUAACAUGGAUGAGCGUCACAAUC